AUGUUUCGUCCUAGUCUCUUUCCACCUGGUAGCAUGCAACCAAGAACUGGACUUCCUGGAUUUAGUCGAUUGCCUCCUACUGGUCAUAUAAGGCCUCCACCUCCAUCCCAGGGCCCUAACGAUGAACAAAUGAUGAAAAGAUCGAUUGAUCUAACGUUUGGUUUAAUCGUUGUGAUACUAAACAUCGCUGAAAUUAUUCUAAUCAGCAGAAUUAAACGAAAAAAGAAAAUAUACGAAAUAUGUAUUCUGAGUCUCUCCGUUACAGAUUUGCUUUUCGGAAUUUCAAACAGCGUUGUCAGUGCGAUAUAUCUUUCGAAAAAUGGUCAAAAUGAAAGCAUAUUAGAAAUAACAUACACAACAUAUUUUUAUUUCGUUUUAAACUCAAUACUACAUUUGAUUUGGAUAACUUUUGAUCGCUUGUGGUUGGUUCUAAAACCCCUGCAGCAUAGAGCCUACGUUUCAAGAAAAAGAAUUUGUAUCGUGUUAGCUGCUACAUGGAUCACUUCAACUGUUAUAGCUGCUUCUCUUUAUGCAUCGGAUAAAGUAUCAGACGCGUUCAUCAAGUCCCAUGUCACAACAUCUUAUGUUAACGCAACAGUUACUAACAUAACAAAUGAUUUCAAAGUACAACAGCAUCACCAACUCACUACGAAAACAGAGUAUCAAUCAUAUGUGUAUUCAUUGUGGCUACGUUCGUUAUCUUCACUUUACCAUACGCACUGGUCCGACUUAUUACAGGAAACGUUCCAUUAUGGGGGAAUUUAA